ACAGUGCCUUCAGUACAAGAGGCUACUGGAGAGGCAGAAACAAAGUCUUCUAAUGAAGCAGUCUCAGAUACGUCACAGCGAGUAGAAAAAACUCGUGGGACAAAUGUUUCUAAAGCAAUAGCAGAUGACAUUAUGUUAUUAGAAAUGGAGAGAUGUGGACUUGCUAACCUGCACAACUACUAUGAGUGCAAACAAAAAAGCUGCAAAGAUUUCUCAGAAGAAGAAGAGGCCAGGCAGAAGAAGCUGAAGAAGAGACGAUUUCAUCACAGCUGGGUUGAAGAAAGAGAACUAGCCUAUGAUAACACCACAGGCAUUUGGUGGCUUCUUUUCUCAGAAAACCAAGGCAUGUUUUGUUUUCUUUGCUGCAAACAUAAAACUUUGAACACUCAAAACAAUGCUGCAGUAUUCAGCACUACACCCAGCACAAGAUACAGGAAAGAGGCCAUCAGAGAACAUUCUUUAACCAAAAUGCAUGAAGCUGCUGUGGAAGCUGAAAUGAAUCAGAGGGUGUCAAUGUUUCAUCAACAGUAUGAAGAAAAGAAAGCAGUUCGCAAUGAUGUAUUGUACAAUGCUUUUGCAGCCUUGUACUGGUUAGCAAAGGAGGCAGUUGCCAAUGUUAAGUUUUUCUCUUUGCUAAAUCUGUUCCGUGCUGUUGGUCUAGACAAAAUGCAGCAUUUUAACCACAAAUCUCCUGCUGCAGUGAGAGAAAUGUUCCUGACAAGUGGAAAUGUGGUCAAGAACAUGAUUAUAGAAGAAAUAAAAAAAGCAGGGUCUUAUGGCCUUCUAAUUGACGAAGUAACAGACAUUGCUGUUACUGAGCAAUUAAUCACAUUCGUGCAGUUUUGGAACAGCACUUCUGGUGGCACAGAGAUUAAGUUUCUUAGUGCUAAUGAUCUCCUUGUUGAAUCUGAUUCUGCAAAUGCAGAAACCAUAACAAGCACUCUUGUAAAGGAGUUAAAUCAGUGUAACUUAUCAGUUGGAAAGCUCAAUGGCCUUUGCACGGAUGGAGCAUCAGUGAUGACCGGAAAAACCAGUGGGGUAGCUACCAGACUCAAAGAGUUAAACAAACACCUUGUCAGCAUUCACUGCAUCUGCCAUAAACUGUCACUUGCUUGCUGUGACACUAAUGAUGAGAUCGCAUACAUGCAAGAAGUUGAGAGAUGGCUUUUCCAGGCCUGGAAAUUUUUUGAAAAUUCCCCCAAACGACUUGCAGCAUAUCUAAAGACCCAACUUUCUGUGAAAAAGCUGCAAGAGCCUUCUAAAGAGGCUAAAGAUAAGUGUGUCCGUCGACUUGCUAAAGCUACUCGCACAAGGUGGCUCUCUCUGGGCAAGGCUGUAGAGGGUGUACAUAAGGAUUACAUACCCCUCAUGCUUACACUAAGGCAACUUGACCAGAAAGAUGCCCAAGCAUCAGGUCUUCUUGGAAAAAUGUACAAAGUGAAAUUCAUUGGGGUGGUAACAGUCAUGCAUCACGUUCUUCCUGUUCUCAACAAACUCAGCUGCACCUUCCAAGAAGGAAAGAUUUCCUUCUCCCAUAUAAAGCCAGCAAUUCAGAAGUGUAUUGACGAUCUUGACAAGAUUGUCCAGACGGGAGUUCCAGUCACCGAGUUUCUUAGAGAUCUAUCACCUGGAGGCAGACUGGAACAAGCUGAUCUCAUUGCUUCUGAUGGAGAUGAGCUGUUUCUCAGCAAUUUCCUGGUGAAAUAUGUCAAUUCACUGAAAAAAAGCUUAAACAGCAGAUUUCCCACCCUUCCUCUCCUGUCUGCUUUUAGCAUAUUCGACCCUGCACUAGUUCCAGAAAGGGGCCAGCCGGGAUUUAGGGAUUAUGGCAGUGUAUCAGUGAAACUCUUGGCUGAGCAGUUCUUUGAUGAAGACAGCGACAAAAGGCAGCUGAUGGAUGAGUGGCAGGUAUUCAAGUACGACUUGGCAAAAUGGAAGAAUGAGCUGCCUGAGGAAGUAAGAAAGCCCCCUGGUGGGAGCAAACCUACACUCACUUCAACUGACUGGUGCCUCCAGAAGCUAAUGUUCAUGAAGGACCUGGUUCCAUUUAAUCUUCCACUGGUUGCAAAGGUGGCAGAGGCAGUGAUUUCUCUUCCAGUCUCAAAUGGAUGGCCAGAAAGGGGUGCCAGUUCUUUAAAACUGAUGAAGACAAGGCUUCGAAGUAGGAUGAAGAAUGACAUGCUCAACGCCCUACUACACAUUCUCAUUAAUGGUCCAAAAGUGGGAAGUAAGGAAUUUGAAGAAGUGAUUGAUGCUUCUGUUAGAGCUUGGUUAGCUGCAAAACCAUGGCGAAAGUGUCCUCCAAAGUUUGUCAGCACACCAGUGGUUGCCAGCGCAGGUGAUAUAAGUGAGAACUUUGUAACUGUGCAGGAUGCUGGUGUACAGACGGAGGGUGACGCGGAGGGUGUCACGCCAAGUCACCCUUCAAUUGCAGAUGAAGUUGAUGCAACCUCCAAAGCACUUGAGCUACCUGCAGAUGACGGUGAUGAUUCAGAUUAUGGCUCUGAUUUCGAUGACUUUUAG